AUGGCCCCCAUCGUUGCUGGUGACUUUGUCGAGUACUCUGGCAUUCAGGCCGACGGCGAGAUCCUGGUGUACAACCUCGUCGUGAGCAACAUCCAAAUCACCACUCUUGGGGCACCAACCUACAUCCGCAUGGAAGACGCCAACAUCGGCGUCUGGACCGCCGACACCGUUAACCAGGAAAUUGCGCAGACUCGGUUUGUCGGAUACACUUCGGACUCCUCCAACAACGUCAAACCCAUCAAGAUCUACGCCAUCGAGUACGACCCCUGCACUGGCCAAGGCGUCGACCGCGAGAUCGCCGGCGUGGCCGUCCCCAACACCGAGGCCCGCAACAAAUUCGAGUACCGGAUCAAGGCGACCCAGAGCGACCAGUACGCCCGCGAGUACCGCGUCGUUGCCGGGACCGGAACAGUGACGACCAAGAACGGCAUCGUCGCGGGCCAGUACGUCAUGCCCGUGUCCGAGUGGAUCCAGCCCGAGGACAGCCUACUCGUUCCUGACAAAGGGGCUGGGCCGUGA